AGCCUAUAUACAGUUCUGUGUGGUCGCAGCACAUAAGCAAAUCCAUUCUUGUGCCGUUUCUCGGAAAAGCUUUUCAGUAAAUGCACUCAUGCUGCUCCAGGAGCUCUUCUCUGCAACAAGCCGCCCAUCUGCCAUCAACAAGUUAAGACCGAGAGAGCUAACGGCUGCGGAAAGGAGAGGCUGAAGCUUUGAUUAACCAGCUGAGCAGUUAGAGGAGGACGAAAUUAAUAACUUAUAUUCAAAACUGAUUUAGGGGAUCAGAGUGGUCAAAGAAAAUGAAACCAAUGCUUUCGAGAGGAAUAUCCUAAGGAAAAAACAACUUGCCCUGGUGGAUUUCAAUUUUACUCAGAAAGCCUGGGACACAGAAAACAGGAAACUGGUCAAAGGCUCCUGCAUGUUAGAGCCUUUUACAGACUCACUGCGUUGAGUCUGACAACCGAGACUGAAUGCAGCCUCCAAUGUGCUCAGAAGAAUGGGCUUACAUUUCAAGUGGCCAUUAGGGGCCCCUAUGCUAGCAGCAAUAUAUGCAAUGAGUAUGGUUUUAAAAAUGCUGCCUGCGCUGGGUAUGGCGUGUCCACCCAAAUGCCGCUGUGAGAAGCUGCUCUUCUACUGCGACUCUCAGGGCUUCCACUCAGUGCCAAACACCACGGACAAGGGCUCUCUGGGCCUGUCCCUGAGGCACAAUCACAUCACAGAGCUCGAAAGGGAUCAAUUUGCCAGCUUCAGUCAACUCACCUGGCUCCACUUAGACCACAAUCAAAUAUCAACAGUAAAAGAAGAUGCUUUUCAAGGACUAUAUAAACUUAAGGAAUUAAUCUUGAGUUCCAACAAAAUAUUUUAUUUGCCAAACACAACUUUUACCCAACUGAUUAACCUGCAAAAUUUGGACCUGUCUUUUAAUCAGCUGUCAUCUCUGCACCCAGAGCUCUUCUAUGGCCUCCGGAAGCUGCAGACCUUGCAUUUACGGUCCAACUCCCUGCGGACUAUCCCAGUACGCCUGUUCUGGGACUGUCGUAGUCUGGAGUUUCUGGAUUUGAGCACAAACCGUUUGCGAAGUUUGGCUCGCAAUGGAUUUGCGGGAUUAAUCAAACUGAGAGAGCUUCAUCUAGAGCACAACCAGCUGACGAAGAUUAAUUUUGCUCAUUUCCUACGGCUAAGCAGUCUGCACACGCUCUUCUUACAGUGGAACAAAAUUAGCAACUUGACAUGUGGGAUGGAGUGGACCUGGGGCACUUUAGAAAAACUAGACUUGACUGGAAAUGAAAUAAAAGCCAUCGAUCUGACAGUAUUUGAAACGAUGCCUAAUCUUAAAACACUCCUCAUGGAUAACAACAAGUUAAACAGCCUUGAUUCCAAGAUCUUAAACUCCCUGAGGUCCCUCACCACCGUUGGCCUCUCUGGCAAUCUGUGGGAAUGCAGCCCUCGAAUAUGUGCUUUGGCCUCCUGGCUGGGCAGUUUCCAAGGUCGGUGGGAGCAUUCCAUCCUAUGCCACAGCCCCGACCACACCCAGGGAGAGGAUAUACUAGAUGCAGUCCAUGGAUUUCAGCUCUGCUGGAAUUUAUCAACCACCGUCACUGCCAUGGCUACAACUUAUAAAGAUCCAACCACUGAAUACACAAAAAGAAUAAGCUCAUCAAGUUACCAUGUGGGAGACAAAGAAAUCCCAACUACUGCAGGCAUAGCAGUUACUACUGAGGAACACUUCCCGGAACCAGACAAUGCCAUCUUCACUCAGCGGGUAAUUACAGGAACAAUGGCUUUAUUGUUUUCUUUCUUUUUUAUUAUUUUUAUAGUGUUCAUCUCCAGGAAGUGCUGCCCUCCCACUUUAAGAAGAAUUAGGCAGUGCUCAAUGAUUCAGAACCACAGGCAGCUCCGAUCCCAAACACGACUCCAUAUGUCAAACAUGUCAGACCAAGGACCAUAUAAUGAAUAUGAACCUACCCAUGAAGGACCCUUCAUCAUCAUUAAUGGUUAUGGACAGUGCAAGUGUCAGCAGCUGCCAUACAAAGAAUGUGAAGUAUAAUAUCUACCCAUCAUCAAAAAUUACAUCAGAUAAGUAACCUAUUUUACAUAGUAGGGGCUAAAUACAUAUCUAAUUUUUACCAAUGGUGACAUUAAGCCUAAUUUUUCCAAACCAAGUGGAGACUUAGGUUUCUGACGUGUUGAAGUAUUUUUAAUUUUUUUUAAAUGAAACCAUAUUUUAAGUGUUAAAUGAAGCAAUGCUCACAUUAAUUUGCACUCUUGUGGGAAAGUCUAAAAAUGCUUACUUCAAAAUAAGACAUUUCAUGUAUGUAAUUAUAAACUAUUGUGUGUAAACAUUUACACUAAGGUCUCCAUAUGCUGUUUUUUCCUACUGAAAACAGUUUGGAAAGAUGCUACUGAGCAGAAAGAGAUAUGGAUCAAUACUUGUUUGAUCAUUGCUCUCCACCCCAAGUACCACAACUGGCUUGCUGCUUAAAAGGAGACUUAGCAAAAUUCUCUUGUAUGAUAAUUUGGUAUUUACUCAAACUUACAAUUUAAUGCCAGUGUGGGGAGUAGAAUUUUAUGUAUGCUGAAGACUGGUCAAUAUUAAACACUCUUCUUCCAGAGUUUUUGCCUGGGUUAGUAGGUAUUAUCAAAGUCCACAUCAUGAAAUCAGAACCCUUUAUGUAAUUCUAAUACGCUGAGUGACUCUUUAAUGUAUUUAAACAAUCCAAGUGAUUGUGAAAAGGUCUCAUUACAAUGAAAUCAAUACUAAAUAA